CCGCGCGCCAUUUUCCCCUCCAUUCCCUCCCCCUGUGGGGCGCAUGAGCGGUGCGGGUGGUGGCGGCCGUGAGGUGGGGCGGGGGGGGGCGGUGGCGGCUGAGCGGAGCCGGCUGAGGGGCGGCCCCGCGGCGGGCAGGGCCGGGCUGGGCCGGGCCGGGCGCUGACGGCUCCGAGCGAGGAGCUGAGGGAAGGCUGAGGGGCCGCGGGGAUGAAGGACCGGCUGGCCGACUUGCAGGAGUGUAAAGGAAAUGAAGAUGGAGAAACAGUUAUUGUUGAAAAAGACCAUUUUAUGGAUGACUUCUUCCAGCAGGUUGAGGAACUUAGAAAUAAUAUAGCAAAAAUAGCACAAAAUGUGGAAGAAGUAAAAAAGCAGCACAGCAUUAUCCUGUCAGCCCCAAAUCCUGAAGGAAGAACAAAAGAAGAACUCGAAGAAUUAAAUGAGGAAAUAAAGAAGAUUGCUAAUAAAAUCCGAGCCAGGUUAAAGGCUAUUGAACAAACUUUUGAUCAGGGCGAAAAUGCUAAUCGGACAUCAGUGGAUCUCAGGAUAAGAAAAACACAGCACUCUGUAUUAGCUCACAAGUUUGUGGAGGUCAUGACAGAAUACAACGAGACCCAAUCUCUUUUUCGAGAACGCAGCAAAGGUCGGAUACAGAGACAAUUAGAGAUAACUGGAAAGACCACCACUGAUGAGGAACUGGAGGAAAUGUUAGAGAGUGGUAAUCCUUCAAUUUUCACAUCUGAUAUUAUAUCAGACUCCCAAAUAACUAGGCAAGCUCUGAAUGAAAUUGAGUCGCGACACAAGGAUAUUAUGAAACUGGAAUCUAGCAUACGGGAGUUACAUGAAAUGUUUAUGGACAUGGCUAUGUUUGUUGAGACUCAGGGUGAAAUGAUCAACAACAUAGAAAAGAACGUGAUGAAUGCAUCAGAUUAUGUGGAGCAUGCUAAAGAAGAGACAAAAAAGGCAGUUAAAUAUCAAAGUAAAGCACGAAGGAAAUUAAUGUUCAUUAUUAUAUGUGUAACUGUAUUACUUCUGAUUCUUGGAAUUAUCCUAGCAACAACACUAUCAUAGCAAGUAUAUUCAAAGAGCUACGAACCUUCAGCAACUCCAAAAUAUGUCUUCAGUAAAGCCAAACUUUUUUUUAUUAAAGAUGCCUUACACCCUUACACUGUUACAUGAUGAUUACCUAUCACUGAAAGGCUAAAAUGAAAACAAAAUCACUCUUAAUGUUUACUUAUAAAUGAAGAACAGAAUGUAUUAGGAUACGUAUGGAUUUUCAUCAUAAACUAUACAUUUGUAAGACCAAAACUUGCUUUUAAUUGUUUUGAACUAAAGUAACUUAGGAUGUUUUCAUACUUCAGUGUUAUAAACAGUUCAAAUAGGGAGUUGAGAAACUUGAGUUUUGACUGUUUGACUUUUUUAUUUCUAUUGCUACUAUAAUCCUAAUCACAGAUUUUAUAACCUUACCGGUGCUGCUUCUGUUAGCACUCCUGUGAACAUUUUUAUGAAAUGUAGCUAUGUCUUUAAGUUAUUUAGUCACCUUAGCCUGUCUAAGCUUAAUACUUUAUUAAAAUAUUUUUCAGCAAGUGCUAAAAUAUUUUAUCCAGAAAAGACCACUUAAAUAUUUAAUGGUCUGUCUCCUAAAUUACACUUUAAAAAGCAAAGGGUUUUCCUUUUUUUUUUUUUUUUACACUUUCCAUUUUUAAUCUUUUCAACAUGACUAAGGUUAAUUGCUUUAAGUAUUUCCUUUACCUUAUGGUAGAAAUGUUUUCUGGUAAAGAAUACAGUAACGAAACACACAAUUUGAACUUCAGCAAAUAAUUUUACAGUCUUUGUUCAAACAAAACUCAUGGAUCAGUUUAGCCUUAUUGCUCAUAUGAAUGAUAAAAAUCAUAUGAUAAAAUUAUUUUAAAAAAUCACACCUUCUGUAAAGCCAAGUCAAUAUUUCAUUUUCAGAAGCUUGCUAAUGUUGUUGUGUGAAUAUAGUACAUGGGGAGAAAUGCAACUCCAUCAGAAAACUCCAGAACAUAAUGCAAACUAAGACACUGAUUUGUUAUGAAAUUUAUGUAUUAUAUAACAUGUAUGAAGUGUUUUAGUAUAUACAUAUUGUUGUAAUGCUAGCUUGUAAGACCUGAAAGCUUGAAAGACUUCAAAUGUAACCAAAUAACUGCAUUUAAUGUUAAAGGUUAUUUUUGUAUUUUGUGUGUAAAAUAUUUGUAACUUGAAUUUUUGAUUUCUCAUUGUUUAGGAUGUCCAUGUAGAUAUGUAGAUAUAUUUACACUGUAAGAGAAUAGAGGAACGUAUAAUGUGUGCCUUUCUAAACAGAGUCUAAAACUAUGCUUGUUAAUGUUUCCAGAUAUUCAACUAUAAUGUUAAUUGCAAUAACUGUCAUAAAAGAUUAGAAUCCUUAAACUUACGUUUUGUGGAAAGUACCUGAGGUUAUUCACUAAAAUGUAACUCAGUCUAUUGACUAGCUUCAUAAAAUUCAGCAAAGUUUACAAUAUAUAUUGUAUGUAUGAAUAUUCUUGCUUUGCUGUCCAAUUAUACUGUGAAUAUGCUAGAGCUAUUCAGAUAUCAUACUUUUUUUUUAAAAAAAAAAAAAAAGCCUUCUGCAAGCCAGCCAUAAAGAAGUCGCUUGAAAAAAUUCAACUUCAUUAACGAACAAUUUUUACCUCUCAGCCCAGAACACUCGUCAAUGGUUGUAAGGAAGUUUACAAACAAAGUAAGGAAAGAUUGGUUGCCUUAGUGCUCAUUCUAGGUAAAAUAUAUUUUUAUUCUAUAGUUUUCUAGAAUUCUAAUAGUAAAUAUUAUUUAUACAGAUACAAAGUACAUUGAGGGGAUCAGUUCUGCUGUUCUACAGCUGGUUAUCUAAAAUGUCGCUCCAAAUUCGGUUGUGUUGAUUUUUUUAAUUUAUAAUGCAGUAAUUUGCCCAUCAAGAACAGAAAUAUGAAUAAGUCGCUCCAUGCUUUUUUACUUGUUAUACAGCUGCCUCAGUUUGUUUUAAAACAAAACUUGUUUUUCACAUGAACUUUUGUUCUGUUAAUAUUGUGGGGGAGGAAAUCUCUAACCUAUGCACUAAUAAAUUUAUCUACACAAG